AUGUUCUGCGUUGCUCUUCGAAUUUACAAUCAUGGUAUUCGCACAGCGCUACCAGCUGCUACUGCCCAACAUGACUCCACGAACUCGAAUUCCACUGUUUCUGAAAGCCCUGAACCCAUUGAACCUAUUGAAAAUCUGGAUAGCUACGAUACUGGCGUGCUAGAUACUGGUGUUAUGGAAUCUUUGCGGAGUUCAGCUCACCAGUUAGAAUCGGAAUCCUGCCACAGCGAUGAAAAAUGCCCAGAAAAAGAGAGAACAGAAAAAGAACUCCAAGAUGCUAGAGCCCGUGGUAAUAUUGUCCUUCGCCUGCAAUUCCUUAAUGACAGUGUGCGUUAUGUUCAUGCUCCUCCGGAAAUGCCUGUCAUUUUCUUCAAAAGGAAGUUUUUUGCGGAUGAAUUGGAGCGUCAGCACAAAAGUGUGCGCCUCAUAUUCCAAGGGCGAGAGCUGAAGGCCUUAGCCGCUGAGUCUCGUGACAGUCCGUCUCGUCGCCGCCUUUGCGACUACGGCGUUACAGAUAACGCAACCAUCCACUGUCUCAUCAGCGACGCGCCACCGCCGUCUGCAGCGCCACAGUCAGCUGCGCCGAGUUCAGCGUCAGUUCGACCGAAUUUCGCCGCCCCUGAUGAUAUUGACUUGGGCACUCACGCGAUGAUGCCGCUGUUCGCCUUUAUGCUAACCUCAGUCUGGCUGUUUCGUUUUACACAUGCAGAAUACUUUAGUUUUAUUUCAACUCUCGCUCUAGUAUGUCUCUCAGUCUUCUUUGGUGGUGCUGCCUGGAGUGCAGCAACCGCGCGGCGACAUCGACCGAGCGAAGUAACCUCUGGUGCUUCAGGAGACGCACGUCGGACAUCAUAG